CUGUCCCCCUCAAGCAACAUUACGGGGGUUGGAACUGCUUUGGCUGGAUCUUACUGUGCGGCCGUCACCUCCCCUCCGUCUUUCGUGCACAAUAAGCAGCGGUGGGCUGUCCUAAUAGGGGUUUGAACCCGGCUGCCCUCGUAUUGUGAGCCCCGGGCGCAGUUCCUGCCCUGACAAGCAGGCGCUGUUACACAAGCCGGCCUUGCCAGCCAGCUGCCGCGGCACUUGCCCGAUCGCAACGCCCGCCCUCCCCCAGCCCUUUCGGCCCCCCGGAAUUUCUCAGCUCGGCCUCGGCGACUCGCCCUGGGAACCGCAGCCGAGCGGGCGGCCCGGGCCCUUGCGGAGGCCCCGUUGUCCGGGGAGAUCGGAGGACAGUCGCGCUGGAAGGCCCCCGGGAUAGAAACGCAGUGUACUGAGAGGGUGCGAGGCUCCAUGAACAUCAUGAGUGACUGCGAUCCUGAAAAUGACAACUCGCCCAGCACUGCUGUGGCACUGGUGGAAAGCAAUACCAAACCUGCAGGCCUGCAGCUGGUCAGCUCCUACAAGACUAAUCGGCUUGGAGACCCUCUUGAUCUUGUAGUUCUGGCAGAACAAAUCCAAAAGGCAGAUGACUUCGUUCGUGCCAAUGCUACUAAUAAACUGACCAUGAUAGCCGAGCAAAUCCAGUAUCUCCAAGACAAAGCUCGAAAGGUUCUGGAAGAGGCCAGGAAAGAUGCCGAUUUCCAUCACGUUGCCUGUAACAUUGUGAAGAAGCCUGGAACAGUUUAUUUCAUGUACAGACGUGAUUCUGGACAGCGAUAUUUCUCCAUCCUUUCCCCAAAGGAGUGGGGGCCAAGCUGCCCACACGAGUUCCUCGGGGCCUACAAGUUGCAACAGGACCAUUCGUGGACAGAAUACAAAGAAAUCAGCAAAAGAGAUGCGGAAAUUGGUCUUAUUGACAAGUUGUUGACUCAAAACCAGACACAUUCAGAGCUCAUGGCAGAAAUUACAGGGACUAACCCACUGAUGAGCUAAUGUCUCCUAUCAAGAACAGUCCUGAAUAUUCAACAGGUCCUGACAAAGACCUUUGGUUAAGAAAUACUGUGCUUUCUCGCCACCUUUUUGAAAUGUUUCUUUCGUGUUCAGGUUUUCACACACUACCUUAGAGCUAAGAAAUGGCUGUCCGUGACUUGUUCGUUUGCCUUUUUUUAAUGCAAAUAGCAUUCUCUAAAUUAAUUACAGAUCACAUAAAAUAGCACAAGACAAAAUAACGAAAGAACAUAAUUCAGUAAUCAUUAACAGCUAACAUCAGGCCACAAAUAAAAGAUUUCCUUAACCAGUAGCUAUCAGCACUCAUAUUUGAAAUCAGCAUAUAAUCUCAUCUUCCUGGAUAGAACCAAAGAAUGAGAUUAAGUGAUUCUUGAGACACCAUAUUUAGUGGCCUAUUCAAUAUUCCAAUUUGUGACUGAGUUCAUGAAUUUCUUACGUCUACGAUGGUAACUGGGAUUAUUUACAAUUAGAAAUGGACUUCAGUGAUUCAUAAUGUACUUUCUUUAAUCCAUCACUGGGACAGUAUCAGGCUAUUUGCACUUUCAAGCUCAUUCUAUAAUUUGGCUCUGUACAAUUCUGUCUUCAUUUCACAGGUUUUAACAUCUUUGAUGAAUAAAAAUUGAUUUUACCUCAAAA